AUGGCACAUAUACCCCAUGACAUAAUUCAAUCACCAAUUACAACUUCAAAUACUGCCAGUCAUCAACAUCAACAAGAACAAGAGUUAUUAUCAAAUUAUAAUGUUCCAAAUCCUCCAACUCAAUUAGAUCAUGAUUUAGAAGAAAAACCACGGACUUUAUGGAUGGGUGAUUUGGAUCCAUGGUUAGAUGAAAAAGGUAUAAUAGAUUUAUGGUGGAAUAUAUUACAAAAAAAAGUUAUUGUUAAAUUGAUUAAACCAAAAACUAUUAAAGAUAAUCCAAAUUAUCAAGGUUUAACUAAUUCUGGUUAUUGCUUUGUUGAAUUUGAAAACUUUGAAGAUGCUCAACAAGCUUUAAGUUUAAAUGGUCAGUUAUUACCAGAUAUUGCAAUGCCUAGUCAAAAGAAUUUUCCAAAUAAUCCUGAUAAUCAAAAGAAAUAUUUUAGAUUAAAUUGGGCUAGUGGUGCUACUUUAAGUGCUCCAAUUAUACAAACUAUGGAAUAUUCUUUAUUUGUUGGUGAUUUAUCUGCAUCAACUACUGAAGCUCAUUUAUUAGCAUUUUUUCAAAAAAAAUUCCCCGAUUCAAUUAAAACUGUUAGAGUAAUGACUGAUCCAAUAAGUGGUAAAUCAAGAUGUUUUGGUUUUGUUAGAUUUAUAAAUGAACAAGAAAGACAAAGAGCUUUAGUUGAAAUGAAUGGUGUUUAUUUUGGUGGUAGACCUUUAAGAGUUGCUUUAGCAACUCCUAGAUCUAAUAAUAAUAGAAGAUUUAAUUUUCAAGAACAAACUAACGAUUUAUAUUUUGAUGAUUUAAAAAGUCCAACUAUCCAAUUUGUUGAUCCUACAAAUACAACUGUUUUUGUUGGUGGAUUAAGUUCUCAAGUAUCUGAAGAAACUUUAUUUGUUUUAUUUAAACCAUUUGGAAUUAUACAAAAUAUUAAAAUUCCAUUAAAUAAAAAUUGUGCAUUUAUAAAAUAUAUUAAUAGAGAAUCUGCAGAAAAUGCAAUUGCAAGUAUGCAAGGUUUUAUAAUUAAUGGAUCAAGAAUAAGAUUAUCAUGGGGUCAUAGAUCACAAAGACAACCAUUAAUGCAAAAUCAAUUUUUAAAUUUAAAUCCAAAUUUACAACCAAGUUUAAAUCCGAAUUUUCCACCUCCUCAAUUACAAUUAUUUCCAUUUUAUGAACAACCUGAAAAUUUAAUUAAUAGAUUAAGUUUAAAUGAUAAUUUCCCAUUAAAUUUACCACCUGAAAAUAAUGGAAGUUUUUUACCAUUAAAUUUACCUCCAGAAAAUAAUGAAAAUGAAAAUGAAAAAGAAAAUUAA